AUGCUGCUGCUUUGGUUCGUGAGCAACUGCGGAGGCAAGCGGAAAGAGGUGUUCCACUCGUUGGCCAGCUUGCUGCCUCCCGAAAAGGUGAAGGUCUACGGCGGGUGCGGGGAGCGUCAUCCCUGUGGCCGCUCCGUGUUUCAGAACACGGAUUGCCUCGCUGAGGUUGCCCAGCCGUACAAGUUCUACGCUUCCUUUGAGAACAACCGCUGCGACGGAUACAUCACGGAGAAGCUGUGGACCGCCAUGAGGUACGGGAUGGUGCCCAUCGUCUGGGGCGGUCGCAGCCGAGAGGAUUACGAGAAGCUGAUACCGAAGGGUUCUUUCAUCCAUGUGGACGAUUUCUCGACUGUCGCAGAUCUCGCAAGUUUCUUACAGGAGCUGGACAAGGACGCUGAACGUUAUGAGAAGUAUUUCGAAUGGAGGAAGCGCUACCACAUCAUGUCUGGCUUGGACCUGUUUGAGCAGAAGUACUGUGAGCUCUGCACCGAG